GACCGGUUAUCCCCGACCCAAUGGAAAGUCUCAACGUCAGUCGAACGAAAAGUGAGCGAAACUCGGGCAGACGCGGCGCUAAGGAUUGAAUGGCCGUGUAGAGACUCAAGAGCGCGUGGUUUGCGGCGUUGAUGUAGAAUCGAAGAGGCAGAUUUUAGGAGUUGAAGUGGUGGAGAUUGCCACUUGAAGUCGUUGCCCGCCAAAGAGCGAUCAUCCCCGUCCGGUCAUCCCAACUGCGCUGGGAUUCUUCCUCCUCAACACCAGCACUGCACCAUCUUCAACUCGCUAGACCGUCGCCAACACAUAACAUCGCCCUCCACGCGAUGAGAUAGCUCAAAGCCGUGCGGCGGCCAUGCUUUUUCGAUCAUCCUACUCAAUUUGCUCUUCUCUCCUGCAACUCGUUGCAUAGCUGUCUUUUGAAGCCCGCCCAACCUGCCCUUAGCGCACUCCCACUUUCAACACCCCCUCCCCAUCAUCAUGGCGACGCCGAGUCUGGACCAGCUCGUGAAAGGCUCUCCAGCCGCUAGUAAUCGUUUACGCUCUUUAUCAGCUCCGUCUGCAGAACCAUUGACACCCAGCCAAGAGUCCUACCCCUCGGGCUCGCCUGAUUCAAUGACACCCUCGCCGCCGUCCACCACCGAUCCCCUCUCAACUCUACCCUCCUCUCCCCCUCAGAUAUAUUUGAAUCUUCUCAUUCUCGAAAGCUCGUUAAGAGCCCAGUACCUGGCGCUGCGGGAACGCCGGCGACAGAACACAUUUUUCCUACUCUUGCUUGCAGCAUGGAUUGCAUACUUUGGCUAUGCAUUGUUCCUGCGCCCACGUGAAGACGGACGCGGAGUUGGAGGAUCGGUAUACUGGGUUGUCGAGAUGUGGGAACGGGUUGCGCUACUUGGAGGUGUGGUAACAGCACUCCUUGUUUGGGGCACUGGUCAAUGGGAGCGUGGCAUUCGAUGGCCCCGACGCUGGCUUGCCAUUGCCAAUCGUGGCUUACGAACCAUGAACACCAAGAUCGUGGUGAUUCGGGGCCCCUGGUGGCAGGAGAUCCUCUCGUAUCUCUCUUUCCUGUUUCCAUUCUCCACUCCCUUCUCCCCCUCCGCAGUAGGGGAUUUCCACUACCUCGACCGUCCGUUAUCCGAGAAACGUGGUGGUGGUCGCACUUCCCACCAGUAUUACUACAAUAUUGACCCUGAAUCCGGACUUGUGGAGGAGGACCUCAGUCCAGGUGGCGAUCAUAUUCGCCUGCUUUUGCUGCCAAAAUUGUUUUCUCCCGAAUUUCGAGGUAAUUGGGACGACUAUCGCACUGAAUUUUGGGACAAGGAAAACGAACGACGGGCUCAACUUCGCGAGAAAUUACGCCAGAAGGAGCGCCAACUCGCUCGUCACGAUAGGUCAUGGUUCUGGUGGAUAGGACUUGGCUGGAAGACGUCACGACGUCGCCGACUUGCUGCGGCCACUCUACACAGGACGAUUGAAGGCGAUAAGGGUCACCGUCACAAUCAUCAUGUCCACCCAAGUAUUUCCAAGUUAGCCCACGAUUCAAAGUCACCCCUUCGACGCUCAUCACGCUCCGGCUCACAUUCUCGUACGCCGUCGCGCAGCAGUACCCCGGCCGACACAGACGACCGGCCACCGUCCCGAUCAUCUGCAACUGGCCGUCCCCGCCGAAGCAGCCUCACACCAUCCACUCCAGGCUCAGGACCUGAACAGGGCCAACGUCGGAAGAGGAAUGGGUCGAAGACACUAAAUCGGGGCAUGUCUCCUUUAACUCAGGCGCAGAUCCGGGAGGGUGUACGCACCGCGUCAUUCUCAUCAGAUGACUCCGCUUCUAUAAUGGGAUUGUCGCCAGACAAGGACAAAAAGAAAGACGACGGUAUAGAAAGCUGAUUCGAGUUCCCACUCUGGCAUGUGCUUUAUUUUCGGUCUUGUUUCGCUUCUGUACUUAGCAGUAUAUUAUACCCAACAUAAUUAAUUUCAGUCCAUGGUAAUAGGUUAUUCAAAGUUUCUCGCACUCUCAGCUUCAAUCUUUACGGAUUUGUUUGAUGAGUUGCGUACUAAAUUGCUACGUAAUAG